AUGUGGGAGCUCGUCGUGUUAGCGCGUUUCGAAGCGCUCCAGUCGAUGCUGUCCAGCGACGAGCGCGAGAACGUCCAGUUGGCGGUCUGUGAGCUCCACGAAGUCGCGCGCGUCGAUGCGGCGAUUAGCCGAAAGGCGACUGCAGCCAGUGAUUGUCACGACACGGAGGACGCACUCACUGUGGCCGGCGACAAUGGAUCGGCACAUCUGGAACGGUGGAAGAAGUGGAGGCUCGAGGGCGAGCAGAUUGACCGACUCACGGCCACAGUCGGUACGGCUGCAACCGCUGCGCUGCAACUGCUCGAGGCGCGUGUGGCCAAUCUGCGCUUCUUUGCGCGUGGGAAACGGGGCGUCUUGUACGCCGGUGAGCUGCGCUCGAGCGACGAGGCAGUGGUGGCGAAGCUCGCAGCCAGUGCGUCGGCCACGCACUCGGUGACGCUGGAAGCGCAGUGGCUGCGCGUGGUCAACCGCAUGGGGCUCGGGCCAAAGCUCCUCGACGCAGGCAGCGGCUGGUUCCUCUGCGAGCGACUGCAGGGGAAGAACGUAGUGGCGUUCCUCGCGCAGGACGACGACGUGGCUUCGCCCGCGAACGCCGUCUGGCUCGUCCGGGAGAUGCUGUGCCAGUGCUUUGCCAUGGACCUCCUCGGCGUGAACAAGGAAGAGAUGACGCACCCGCACCGCCACGUGCUCGUGCACCGCUCGAGGGAGCCGCCGACAGUGUGGCGCUGCACGUUCGUGGACUUUGAAAAGUGCUCGUCGACCACGAAGCCCAAGAACGUCACGCAGCUCUGUCAGUUCCUCAGCUCGCCGCGCAUGAUCGGUCUGCUCCAGCGCAAACGCGUCCACGUGGACAUUCCGCUGCUGCGGCAGCGCACCAAACGCUACAAGCACAGCCACUGCCGCAGUACCUUCGGCGACGUUAUGCGCGUCUUUGGGCUGUAG